AACCCUAACCCUAACCCUAACCCUAACCCUAACCCUAACCCUAACCCUAACCCUAACCCUAACCCUAACCCUAACCCUAACCCUAACCCUAACCCUAAGUCGUAUAAGCACAUGCUGGAUGUGAAUAGGCUGUACAAUGGCGCUGGCGCCACGCCUGCGUCGUGCGGUAGUACCCUUCCCUUUGAGACAGUUCCGCGUCUUCAGCAAGAGUUACCGCCGCCAUAUGACGAAAGUCUGAGUGAGGGACAGUCGCCAAGGAUUAGACCAGAUGCCAAAAGUUCCGGCGGCGACCUUCCCCCGCCGGGGUACGGGGAUACCGAACGGCGGCACAAUGUCCUAGAUCUCUCCCUGGGCGCCCUCCCCUGUGGAAAACAAGACACAUAUAGGCAUCCAACUUCCAAAAGAAAACGUUCAUUUGCCGCUAUCUGCUCGCCAAGGACUGGAAAAGGCGCCUCUCGCCCGGGAAAAAUACCGCCAUCUCCAUUCUUGGACCCAGACGACGAGAACAAGACAGCGCAUUUCCUGCAUUUGCUUGAACUGCAACGCCAACAAAUUGAACUGCAACGCGAGCAGAUAGAGCUGCAACGCGAACAUAUUGAACAUUUACAAAAGAACAUUGGGGAAUUGCAGAGACGACAUGGUGAGCUAGAGGCCGACUGUUUAAAGCUGGAAACCCGUCAAGACCAAGCUGAUGACGCCAUCGACAAUCUAUCUAUUGAUGUGAGCGAGCUGGAGGACAAGUACGCCGAGGUUGUACAUCAAAUACCAGACGCUUGUGACGAGUUCAAGGACUUGAAGGAAAACAUUGGCGACACGUUUAAAGAAGACAUGUGCAAGUUGAUUGAGGAUAGCAUGGCGAAACAAAUAGAGGAGUGUGUCGAGGCUCAAGCAGAUGAGUGGCUCCAGUACGUCGUACGUAGCUGUAUAGUGGUUGCGACCCACCCGGGAGACCUGGCUUCCGCCUAUACUCCCGACCGUACGCCGGAGCGAAGCGACAAGAGUACCGUACGGCCCCGCGAACCUACGGCUGAGCCCGUACGUCUAGGCUCCUUUACCCCUGUGCCGAACCGGGCCCGGGAAAUACGGCGGUUAUCGGAAACCCCUUUGGACCUCUUCUUCCGAUUCGUCCCCUAG